AAGUUUUUUAUAUUAACAAUGGCAUGUUAUCAUUUAGGUUAAAUCACAUUUAACUGUAGGCAAUAAAACUCCUACUAUUGUCGGUUGCUUUGGUUUAACACAAAACUUAUCAAAUGGAAAUUACAUGCUUGUAAUGAGAAAAAUGGAUAUAAAUUUAAGAGAAUAUUUGCAACAAAAUUAUAAUCAACUUACAUGGAAAGAAAAAAUUAGAAUUGCUUUUGAAAUAAUUUAUGCACUUUAUUUUAUUCAUUUUGAAAAGGCAAUUCGUAGAGAUUUGCACUCUGGAAACAUAUUAUAUUCACAACAUAAUCAUAGUUGGCGUAUUAGUGAUCUUGGAUUUUGUGGACCUGCUGAUAAAUCAUCAUAAAGUAUAUAUGGAAAUCUUCCUUACAUAGCACCCGAAGUUAUUAAUGGAAAAGGAUAUACUUUUGCAUCUGAUAUUUAUAGUAAUGCAAUACUUAUGUGGGAAAUCUCAUCUGGAUAUUCACCAUUUAUUGAUAAUAUAAAGCAUGAUGAUUAUAAUCUUGCAAUGGAUAUAAUUAAUGUAUGAGACCAGAAAUUAUGUCAGAUAUUCCUUUAGAAUAUAAAGUUUAAUGGUACAAUGUUGGGAUGCUGAUCCAUUAAAAAGACUUGAAAUACGAUCUCUUCAGAGAAAAAUAAGAGAGAUUCAUCUAUCAUAUCAAAA